CCCAGUUGUGAGUGGAUCGUUCAAGUAGAUCCCAUCACACAAUUGUCAGUGUACAAACAUGUCCCAUCCGGUCAAACGGAGUCCACUAUGCCCGAAGCCUAUGAGCGCUAUCUUUGUGAGUUCGAUCGAUUCAUGCGGAGCCAAGAAACCGCCUAUUCCUCAGAAACGAUGGAUGUACCAUCUGGAGAUUGUCAGGAGUUUGAAGAAAGCGCUACCACUCGUGUGUCCCAAAAACGUAGACAUAUUCUAGCUGAUGAUAUUAUUGACACCGAGACCAAUGCGCUUCAAGGCCUAUUGGGCUAUAGCGAUUCAUCAGGCGCGGAAAAGGAACAGUGUGAUGGUCUUAAUGCGCGUCAACGCCGCCGUAUGAAACGUGCUCAUCGACGUAACAUGACCACGUCGCGUUUGUCCAACGCAACGGAGUUGGUUGAGGUGUCUCAACCAGCUGAAUUUAUUGGACCUUUGUUGCCAGUUUCUGCGUGCGACCCUUCUCAGGAUCCUCAGGGAUCCCCGACUCUAUCGAACUCAGACACAUCGGAUAGCAAGGUGUCGGUGGUUCUUAAGCGACUCCCCGAACACGAUAGCAAGGUUAGUGUGAAUUACUUGUUUGUUAUCAUCAUUACUAACUGGUGA